AUCCAGAGGAGCGAUGUACUUAGAAGAGGCCCCAGGGACGAUCUUAAUUCUACUAAUGUAGACCAAAAAAUAGAAGUUAACCCUGCCCAUAAUAACGAGCAGAAGCAAAACAAAGAUGGCGAUCACCAGGGAGGAGGAAUAUUGGUCCACCUCAAGAAACAACAUGUUACAGCUGGAAAAACCUCUACAGAUGAUGCUAUUAGUCCCUACGGAGGGCAUCCAAAUGCAAAGGAGAGGCAGCUGCUUCAGGACGGCAUAGGACUUGCACAAACCACAAGUAACAGCCAGUAUAAUACACAGGAAAAUCAAUACCUUAAAAGCUCUCAAGGGGAUCUUUUCAAAAAGAUCAAUGUGGAAGAAAAUUACAUUGAGGAUAAGAGAGAGAACAAUGCAGUUCUAGGUCCAGCAUCCACAACCAGAAGCCCCAACGUUCACGAGACAGAUUCCUUCCCUGGAAAACAAUAUAGCGAUGGAGCCCAUAGCAGGAAUGGUCUUAAGUCAAGAAAAGAUGUUGACGUGUUCUCUAAUGAUCAUUACAGCUUUGACAGCUUCAAUUUAUAUGAUGAGGGCAUGCAAGGAGAUGACCCUGGAUAUGCUGAUGACUCUGAUUCUGGUGAGAGCGACUCCAGUCAGCAACCUGGGGCACCAAGUAGUUCAAGCGAUUCAAAUGAUGAGGAAUCAGAACAAUCAAGCCACUCAGCAAAUCCCGGAAGCCCAGAUGGUUCCAAUGGGGCCCAAGAUGCCAGCGACUCUGGUGAUUCCAGUAGCUCAAGUGACUCUACUGAUUCUAGUGAUUCAAGCAGCUCCAGUGACUCCAGUGACUCGAGCAGCUCCAGUGACUCUAGUGAUUCGAGUAGCUCCAGUGACUCUAGUGAUUCAAGCAGUUCCAGUGAUUCC